UAAACUUCGUUGACGAGCGCCCGGUGGGUUGGCGAUGGUGGUGGCGGUGGUGGUGGAGGCCGCCGAUUCGUUUGUCCUUCUUGUCGAGUUGUAAUUUAUAAACAUUUUCCGACCGUAAUCGCGUUCCGUCGAAGGCGACCGAGGCUCGCUGCAUGCGAGGGGAAGUUCGUGGAAGCGACAGAGAAAACAAAAUCGUCGCCGAGGGCGUCUGCAUUCAUAACAAUGGCAGCCCCAAAAAAGACAAAGAUCAGCAAGGAAGAGGAAGAGUUGGGAGCUGCGGGUAAUGGAGAGACUGCCGCCCAGUUAAUCUCCGCUGCGCUCGGUGCUGAUGAGGUGGGUGAUCUCGCACGAGCCUUCGUUCUGUAUCGCGAUGCACUGAAGCGCGUGGACGAGGAGCUGCUGGAGUCAGCUUCUCAGUGUGGGGAAGAGCGCCACCAGUUGGAGCUUGUGGCGAUGCAGGAGAUGGUGGCUGCGCGUCUUGCAGUAUUGGGAGCUGAUGGGGCCACUGGAAUGACACCGAGCAGCGAGGUCAUGGAUAAGCCCCCUGCCUACACAGCUGACAUCCCUCCUGGACACUCGAGUUUGGAAGGACAAGGAGCUGGGGUAUCUGCCCACUGCUGCAAGCCAUCGCUGAAGUUCGACGUUGAUGGCCCCUGUAAUGGCACCAGCGAUGUGGUUGAUGCAGCUGCUGACGACGACGACGACGAUAUAUCUGAGGAUGACGGAGGGGACGCGGACGACCUGGAAGUCCUCAUGGAACUGCACGACGGAGCGCGGCUCUUUUUUGUGGCGAGCGACAGCUCUGUGUCCUCCCUGCCGCACCACGGCCCAUUGCAACCCAGCUGUGGUCUGCGUAUCCUGACCUCCUCCGAGCGGGACCCCGCACAACCCGCCGCAUACUUGCAGGUAUGCACGUGGGUUUAUCCACUCGUCCCGGGCGUCUCUCCAGUUCUGUGCUGCGCUGGAGGAGUCUACAUCUUCCCCAUGGAAGCAAAUGCCCCGUCCCCUGCUGCCUCCUUGCCCACUCUGGCCGCUGUGCCCCUGGUGCCCCCCGGCACCGUGUACGCGGGGCUGGUUCUGUCAGCCGAUCUCGCGGAUCACUACAAGGACCUCCUGCACGACCUCCUCCUGCAGUUAUCCCUGUUCAAGGAUGAGCGCUGGCGUGAGCCUCCAUGUGACCUGACGCAGCUCAGUAACACAGUGCCUGUCCGCCCACCAUCUUCGCGGCCACCAGGCUAUCCAGGGGACCCUGCAAAGGGCUACAAAGCUUCUCCAGUCGUGCCGGAGUGGAGCGAGAAAAUUGCAAAUGGCAUUAACACCGGUGCUGGCUGGGUGAGCUGGGGACUGGAGAGUGGGGCGAGCCUGGCAGGACGUGCUGUGGCCUGGGGAGGUGCCGAGGUCCGGUCCCGAUUGCAGGCAGCUGAUGCGGCAGGCCGGGAGGGUGAGGCCGGGGGACCACCAGUGGCUACCGCCGUGGACCCACGAGUCCAAGAAGCCAUGCGUGUAUCGCGCAGUGUGGCCGGAGGGGCGCUAACUGUCAGCAGAUUUAUGGUGGACGGCGUGUCCUGGGCGGCCGGGCGUCUGGGCCGUGGCCUCGCCCCCCACGUGCGGGCCUGUGGGGAGCGCAUUUUGCCAGAGUCGCUGACGCGGGCCCAGCCUGGAGAGGGCUCCACACUGGACGGGGCCCUCGUGGUGGCCGCCAGUGGCGUGCAAGGCUUUGCCACGGUGUGGCAGGGGAUGGAGUCGGCCGCUCACACGAUUGCCAGCAGUGUCUCAAACGCAACUGUGCAGACAGUGCAGCACAGGUAUGGUGCAGAAGCAGGUGAGACCACCGAGUCGGCUCUCCAAGCUGCCCUGAGCGCCGGCGUCUGUGUCUACAACCUCAGCCAUCUGGGUGUCAAGGGCCUCGUGAAACGCACGGCCAAAGAGACGGGACGCGCUGUCCUGCAUGACUACACGCGCCCUCCCAAACCCCGCCGCAAACGCUAGCACGAGCUUUUCCAUCCUACAGGUGGACCCCUGUCCUUGAGAUUGCCUCCGAUACCUUCCCUGGCACCCAGUGCCCACUGUCCUAGGUCUCUUGUUCCUCCAUCAGAACCUUAAACUCUGUCCCUCUUACUUAAAGCCUCUAUUCUUCUUUAAACUCCAUCCCUUGCCAAGGACCCCUUAACUCUCACUAAACUCCAUAUUCCUACAUUUGGACAUGUCAAUUGUUACAAGCACGAUUUCCAUGGAAGGUGUUCUGGAAGGAUUGAAGUGUUCCGCUUCUGAAAAGAGUUAAACUUUGCACAUGUCGGCUUGUGUCUUUUGCAUACUGUUAAGUUAGUUAGAUUAUGCAUUAGUUAUUUUGUGCACAAGCUAAAAAAUACAAAGAAUGAAAAUACAUUUAUUUAUCAUUUGAAUUGAUUCUGAUGGUGUUGAUGAGGUUUUGGGUGGCUUCAUAACAUUGGUAGAGUUAUGUAUAGAAACAGAUGUGAAAUAAAGUUUAAAGAUAUGAGGCUGGGAUUAGGGGUAAUGGGGUUUCUUCACCAGUCUUUGGGAUUUUUGCAAUUUUUCGCACAAUGACCAAAGUUCGUGCUCAAUGGAGCAAAGUGGUGGACACUCAAACGGAUCAAUGAGGAUCACAGAAUCUUGGGGUACUGAUGGGAUUACCUAAUAAGCUACUGCAGGAAACCAAAUGACGUUUUCUUGCAUGAAACGGGAACACCAACGUCAGCAUCUGCCUAAUUCUGCUUGGUUGGCGAUCAAGGUUCAGUGCUCAAGUACCUCAUGGGUGAAGGACCAGUGGUUGGCCACAAGAUCUUGGCUGCAUCAGAUCGACCGUUGCCAAGAGGGGCCCUUGGGGAAUGGCGUGGAAGGAUUGAUGCUGCAAUUGGUUGUCUUUGCAUGUGUCCACACUUGUUUGGGAGUUAAGCAAUCUGGGAAUUGGGGCGGUCUGGUCUCAAGGUGCGUGUGUGAGUGAUGUUUGGUAGCGGCAUUUUGGAUCGUUUGGAAGUGAGGAAAUUAUUGAUCAGUGAAUAAGGAUUUCAGCAGUUGUGAAAGAUGGAGCAUCGGUGGAAGUAAUAGUUUCAGAAUUGACAAGUGUAAGGGGACAUUAAUUCUGAAUCGGGUGGUUCUGGGUGCUCUUUUUGAAGCUGGAUGUCAGUUGAUCACGUGACCACUUGGUAACAUUGCCUGACAUAACCACAUGGCACAUGAACAGUCCUGCCAUCUUAAUCUGUGGAGAACCCAUAGACGAUAACAGGCAUAUAAUGAUGCAUCAAAUCGCUCAUUAAAAUGUUCACACGUCAUGUAUCGGAAAUGUAAACAAAAUAAAUAUUCAUGCUGAUAAGC